AUGCCGGCUUACGCCGUAAUCGGGGGACAAUGGGGUGACGAAGGCAAGGGUAAAGUUAUCGACUACCUUGCCGGUCAGUCCGAUUGCGUAGUCCGUUACGCCGGCGGGAACAACGCCGGUCACACGGUGGUGAACGAGCGCGGCGAGUUCCAGCUGCACCUGGUUCCUUCGGGCAUCUGCUGGCCCGGGGUGACUGGGAUCAUCGGGAAUGGCGUUGUGGUGAACCCCGAGGUUCUCCUGGGUGAAAUCGCCGGACUCCAGAACCAGGGCAUCAGCACGGACCAGCUGUUCAUCAGCGACCGCGCCCAUGUGAUAAUGCCCUAUCACAUCCUGCUGGAUGAACUCCAGGAAAAGGCUCGGGGCACGGGUGCCAUCGGCACCACGGGACAGGGAAUCGGGCCGGCGUACGUGGACAAGGCCUCCCGCGACGGCAUUCGCGUGGGCGACCUGCUCGACACCAAGCAUCUGCCGGACCGGGUGAACGCCGCCGUGGCCAUGAAGAACCGGCUGAUCACCGGCGUAUUUGACGGCGACUCGGUGGACGCCGCCGAAGUAUUGGCCAAGUGCCAGGCCUGGGGCGAGCAGUUGCGCCCGCAGGUCCGCGCCACCGAGCAGAUGGCGCAGGACCUGCUGGAAAGCGGCAAGCGGGUGCUCCUGGAAGGGGCGCAGGGAACGUUGCUGGACGUCGAUCACGGCUCCUAUCCCUAUGUCACGUCGUCUUCACCGUCCAUCGGCGGCGCCAUCACUGGACUGGGGAUCAACCCGCAGUCCAUUGAAGGCGUGGUCGGGGUGUUCAAGGCGUACUCGACCAGGGUCGGCGGCGGUCCGAUGCCCACCGAGAUGCACGGGCAGUCCGGUGAAGACCUGCGCGAGAAGGCCCACGAGUACGGAACCACCACGGGCCGGCCGCGGCGGAUCGGUUGGUUUGACUCCGUCGCCGCCCGUUACAGCCGUCAGAUCAACGGUUUCACGGGGAUGGUGCUCACCCGCCUGGAUAUCCUGGACGGCAUGCCGGACGUGAAAAUCUGCGUUGGCUACCGCGCAGACGGGCAGGACCUGGACCGGUUCCCGGCGAAUACCGCCUUGCUGGAACGCUGCGAACCCGUCUACGAAAAGAUGCCCGGUUGGAUGGAACCGACGGCCAGCGCGACGCGCAUCGAACAGUUGCCGGCAAAUGCGUUGGCAUACGUGAAGAGAUUGGAGUCACUUGUCGGCUGCGAUGCCCAGAUUAUUUCCACCGGGCCGAGCCGAGAAGAAACCAUCGCAAUUGAACAAAUUAUCCGGUAG